AUGAUCUUCUUCUCGUUCCGCUAUGUCCCUUCAGCGGCGCGCAGACUUUACACAACCGCAUCAAGCGCAAGCUCGGUCAUAACACCCACACAUUCUAUAUACCUCAGCACGUCAACCAAUCCAUAUUUCAAUCUCUCGUUCGAAGACUGGUUAUUCAGACAUGCGCCUCAGAAGGAGCCAUUACUCCUGCUGUAUAGAGAUGCACCGUGUGUCGUCAUAGGACGCAACCAAAAUCCAUGGAAGGAGGUCAAUCUCCGUGCAGCCCGUGCGCAGGGCAUUCCGUGGGUACGUAGGCGCAGCGGCGGCGGGACAGUGUACCAUGACCUUGGGAAUACGAACUUCUCCAUCCACGUCCCACGCACAACUUUUGACCGCGGCGCUACUGCACAGGUCGUUCUCCGGGCCGUGCGCGCGCUCGGCAUCGAUGCAGGUGUGAAUGAGCGGAACGAUAUUUGUGUGGGAGGUGAGAAGGCGUCGGGCUCGGCGUACAAAAUCGUGAGCGGGCGUGCAUACCACCACGGGACGAUGUUGAUUACCACGAGACUUGAGACGCUAGGAGAUUUGUUGAGGGUGGAUAAGGUUCGUUUUUUAUGUCCUAACGAUAUUGGAAUUUCUCUGUUUUCAGACACAAUGAUUACGAAGGGUGUCGCGUCUGUGCGUUCGCCAGUGUGCAACCUCGCUCAAUUCAGUAAAAAAGUUAGCCACGAGAUGUUCGUGAAUGCUGUCGUGGACUCGUUCAAAGCCGAAUAUGGCGUUCACGACGAGCCAUGCAUCGUCAACGAUACUGACGAUCUCGCGAAAAUAGGAUAUAUCCAACGCGGGAUGGCAGAGCUACCUAGCUGGGACUGGGCUUUUGGCCAAACUCCCGAAUUCGAGUACACGAUCAAGAAGCCGUUCGUGUGGGGCGAUGUUACAGCACACAUCCACGCUCGACACGGGGUGAUUCUCUCCUGCACGCUGCAAGGGUUGGACUCUGAGCUUGGAAAGGCUCUCGAGGGCAAACGAUAUGGGUUUGUUGAAGAUGAAGAGCUGGGUGUAGAUCUGAGUGGAAGGCGAGAGGUUGUGUGGGCAUGGCUGAAAGAGGAGAUGAAAUCCUAUGAUUGA